CGUUAAACUGCCCCCCAACCCGAGGUGUGGUGCGACCCGUGCCGAGGGGUGCGUGGCACAGGGGAGCUGUGCCUCGAACGGGGCCUCUGGGAUACCGGGCGCCCUCCCAGAGUAUCCAGCCUAGCCCGGGCACGCGGGGCUCUGCCCGGGUGGUCCACACUUUCCUCAGCGUCUCGUGGGAUCAUAGAGAAAGAAUUUGAAAUAAGCUCCGAGCGAGCAGACGCCGAGAAUACCAGGGGACCUCUGUGUGAGGCGACCCGGGAUUCCGAACAGACCGAAGGUGAACUUGGUGUGAGGGGGCCUCAAUAUGAGGGGACCCUGUGCCUCGUAAACAAUAAUAAAAAUACUGUUGCAGAGGGAGAGUAUUCAAAACUCGCAACAGGAGGGACCUCAGCUGUUGUAUCCGAUGCUGGGAAGACAGACACGUCCAAAACUUGCUCUGAAAGAGCCCUCUGGGCAACAGGCAACAGUGCUGAGGUGGAGAGCUCGUACCUCGCAGGCGAGUCUGUGCGAGACAUCCCAGUCACAGAGAAUGCAGAUGCGACUCCAGCAGAGAUGUAUGGGGAUCUUUUGGGAGAGAGAGAGAUGUCUGGCAUCGUAAAAGAGGUAAUGGAUAAAUUGAGAGAAGCUGAGAAUUCUGUAGGAGUGGAAGAUGGAAACGGGAAAACUGAACAGGAAACUGAACAAGAAUGUGGUCAAUCUGGCAAAUUUGGUGCUGUGGUGGAGGUGGAAACUGAUGAGAAGGAGGCGGAUGUUGGCCGAGAGAAGCUCAAAAAGGAGCGCUGGUCCAGAGCACAGAAACUCCAAAGGAAAAUAAUGCGGGUUGAGGCAGCACUGAAGCUAGAGAUUGCUAAAGUUGAACAAAAGAAACAGAAACUGGAGGGAAUAGCGCUACACUGUGAAACAAGUAAUGAGGAAGGUGACAGGAAGGACACAUUUGUUGCUCAGGAGCAACUAAACAAAAAGCGUCUUUCGGGUGCACAGAGGCGAAAAAUGAAAAAAAUGAUGGCCAGGGCAGCAGGGGAGAGAGUGCUUACUAAAUCUGAACAAAAGAAACGUAAACUCGAGGAAGUUACUCCAAACUACGAAAUAGGAAACGGAGAGGCUAAAAAAGUAACUAGCACCGUUCAAAACGAAGCACCUGUUCUGUCAGUACCUCCAGUCUACACAGACAGACAACUAAGAAGAUUUCAAUGUAAAUUGAAAGCUAAAAAAUUUAAAACAAACACUGAUGGAGGGAAAGCUCCUGUUUUGUCAGUACCUCCGGUCUCCACAAAGAAACGUGUAAAAAGAUUAAAACGCAAAUUGAAAUGUGGGAAGCCACACGAUACUACUAAAACUUUCACAAAAUUUGUUAGUGGAGGUAUUACUGGAGGUGACGCAAAUGCCUCGGCUACAGAAGAGGUAACUGGAGGCAAUGCUUAUGUGCCUGUGACUGAACAGGUCAACAAACGUAGAAAAAAUGUUUUGAGUCAAACAGCAGCAGUGGGGGGAACAAAACAACGUGUAACAGCUGGGCAAAAAAGGAAACGUAAAAGACAGAAACAGCGUGACAUUACUAAAACUUUCAUCAAAUUCCUAAGUGGAGGGUUUACCGGAGGUAAUGACAAUGCUCCUGUGACUGAAAAGGUUGACAAAUACAGUACCAGUGUUUCGGAUCGAGAAACAGAAGGAGAGGAGGAAACGGCUGGCUCGAUGAGGGUGGCUGUUGUGCCCGUAGGUUUCCCUGAUGUUAAAAUGACAGAGGAGCAGGCAGAGAUGGUGUGGGCUGCACUCACAAACAUGAUUGACCCAUCAGAGUCUGAGGAACUGGUCCAGUUUUCUGCCAUGCAGUAUGAGAAUGGGGGUUUGGCGAUCACUUGUACGGACAGGGCGACCAAAGUAUGGCUGCGUAAGACCGUUCCGAAGCUUGUUCCGUGGAUAGGAGCCUGUCUCACAGUUGGACAGGCGGAUUUGACAUUAAAGGGUACGAAGUUCGUACUGUCAUUGCCGAAGGCAGUGAAGGGGAGAUCUGACAAGGAGGUUCUGGACUUGUUUCAGAAGCAAAAUAAAGGAAUCUCCACUACCAAGUGGAAAGUCCAUAGCAGGCUGACAGAGGCAGAUGAGAGAGAGAGGCUGACUCUUUGGGUUGAUGAGAAAUCAUUUCAGGAUUUGAAAGCUCGCAAUUUUAAAUUAUUCCUCGAUUUAAGUAUUGUUUACCUCUUGCAAUGGUCACAGUGGGAGAACCUGCCAGCUGAUUCUCGUGUGACAGUGUGGCAUGACAUGCAGCCUGUGGUUCAGAAUCUGCCACUGGCCCAGACUCGAUACAAACCGCUUCGACCUGUGGAGACUGAGCUCUCGUCUCAAAAUUUUCCGCUGCCUGUGGUACCAGUUUUGCAAACUUGGGCUGUGGAUCGAUCUCUGUCACCCACAGUCCCAGGCGUAGGGCCUAAUCUUCCGGACUUCAGGUUUGAGGAUCAGGGUAGACCACAGUGUCGUGAACAUUUAUUCGCCAAUAAAGAUCAUCCUCACUUUCGUGAAGCACAGUAUGUGGUUUCAGGUCAGCUCUUACCACAAGAGCAUAUGUUUACAGUACCUGCUGCACUGCAGAAUCACGAGGCUAGAUUCUUGGCAAAAGAACACCGUUGGGAGUUUGGCUUAGAGACUUCAGAACAUUUGCAGCUGCAGGAAGUCAGUUACAUGAUAUUGAAACGAUCACAGCACGGACACACAAAAGACAACUUGGAUCGAGACCAGGAAAACAGGUACUUCACUUCGGACCAUCAACUCAAUCGUGAAGUAGGAUACAGUGAACCAGAACCCCUUCAGCUCCAUCAGUCAAGAUAUAUGGAUUUGGAUCGGCUGUCACCUCGCGAUGAGAGAGAUACAGAUUGGGAUCGCCUGUCACCUCUAGAUAAGACAGAUACGGUUUGGGAUCGGCUGUCAUCUCAAGACAAGAUACCUACAGUGUGGGAUCGGCUAUCACCUCAGGGUAAGAAGUAUAUGACGUCCGAUGGGCUGUCACCUCAGGGUAAGAGGUAUAAAGCUUCCAGUUGGGUAUCACCUCGAGAUAAUAGGUGUAAAACUUCCAGUCGAGUGUCACUUCGAGGUAAGAGGUAUAAAGCUUCAGAUUCACUGUCAUCUCGAGAUAAGAGGUGUAAAUAUUCCAAUUGGCUGUCAUCUCACGAUGAAAGGCACAUGCCUUCGGACCGGCUCUCACCUCAAGAUAGAAAGUACACUCCUUUAGACCAUAUGUCACACCGAAAUGGGAGGCACGUGGUUUCAGAUCAGCGAUCGCCCCGAGACAGGAGGUACGUGGCUUCAGAUCAGCUGUCUACCCGAGAUCGGAGGUACGCAGCUUCGGAACGGCCUUCACCCCGCGACAGGAGGUGUGCGGUUUUGGAUCGGCUGUCACCUCAGGACGGGAUGGACGUGGCUUCGGAUCGGCUGUUGCCUCGGGAUGGGAGGGACGUGGCUUCGGAUCGGCUGUUGCCUCGAGAUGGGAGGGACGUGGCUUCGGAUCGGCUGUUGCCUCGAGAUGGGAGGGACGUGGCUUCGGAUCGGCUGUUGCCUCGGGAUGGGAGGGACGUGGCUUCGGAUCGGCUGUUGCCUCGAGAUGGGAGGGACGUGGCUUCGGAUCGGCUGUCACUUCGGGAUAGGAGGUACACGGCUUCGGAUCGGCUGUCAACGCGGGAUUCGAGGUACGCGGCUUCAGGUCAGCUGUCGUCCUGGGAUGGGAGGUAUGCGGAUUCGGAUCGGCUGUCACCCCAGGAGUCGAGGUACGCAGUUUCGGAUCGGCUGUCACCUUGGGACAGGAGGUACGAUGCUUUGGAUCAGCUGUCAACCCAUUAUUCGAGGUACACAGAUUCUGAUCGGCUGUCGCCACGGUAUGGGAGGUACACAGCUUCGCAUCGGCUGUCGCCCCGGGAUUCGAGGUGCGCGACUUCAGAUCGGCUGUCGCCCCGGGAUUCGAGGUGCGCGGCUUCGGAUCGGCUGUCACCCCGGGAUUCGAGGUGCGCGGCUUCGGAUCGGCUGUCACCCCGGGAUUCGAGGUGCGCGGCUUCGGAUCGGCUGUCGCCCCGGGAUUCGAGGUGCGCGACUUCGGAUCGGCUGUCGCCCCAGGAUUCGAGGUACGCGGCUUCAGAUCGGCUGUCGACCCGGGAUUCGAGGUACGCGGCUUCGGAUCGGCUGUCGCCCGGGAAUUCGAGGUACGCGGCUUCGGAUCCACUGUCCCCCUGGGAUUCGAGGUACGCGGCGUCAGAUUUGCUGUCGCCCCUGAAUUCGAGGUAUGAGGGUUAUGAUCAACAGUCACUUCGAGAUAAAAGUUAUACGGCUUCUGAUUGGUCUUCGUCUUGUGAUCCUAGGCACAAAGUUUCAGAGCAGCCACCAUCUCGUGAUUGGUACCCCCCUUCAAAUCAGUCACUGUCUUCUAGUUCUGGGUACAUUACUCCAAUCCAGGAGAAAUCCCCAAAUUCGAAGUGGAGAGGCUCAGUUCAACAAUCCUCCAGCGAUUCCAAUUCUGUAGGUCCGCAUGAGUCACUGUUCCAGGAAUCCACAUUCCGAGGCAGAAAUCGGGUGCAGUACAAUGAAGGUAAAUUUGUGGAAUCUAGACUGAGAAUGUCAGCUUACCCACUAUGCGGGGAAUUUGAUAAUACAGUUUCUCACACGCUACGUUCACAGGAAAACAGAUUUUAAAGUUCAGAUGUCCUGUUCCAGCAAUCUGUCAUAUUAUACAUUUUUUUUCUCUUGAGAUCUUUGGGGCUUACUGGUAGACAUUCAGUGAUACAAGCACUUCUGUUGGAGGUGAAUUUUUAUCAAAAAUGUAACAUUCCAGUUUGUGGAGAGUUUAACCAAUAUUGCAUAAAUCAUUGUAACAUUUAGUUACCCUGCUAUAUUUAGGGCAGGACAAAAUUUAUCUCUUUGAACUCUAUAUCUGCCUAUAAUUCACAACAUUGUUUGGUGUUAAGCUUCGAAGUGAGUUUGAAAGGCUUCAGGUUUAAAUUCUGUUAAAGGAGUGCCUCUGCUAUUCGUAGCAGGUCUGUCCAUUUGCAAAUUCUUUAAACAGGUUUGAAGUGUGUUUUGUUUCAUUUGUCUGUCAGAAAUGUUUCUGAUUUUGUGACUAAUUUUGUAUGCUGUAUGUUCUAUAAAGAAAGGAAAAAGUUGGAACUACUUCAAAUGUUUUUGUGCACAUCCAGUGAUGUCCUGUUAUUAAUGCCAGAAUGAAUGUUUAAAUGUGAGUUCAGUGUGCAGAGAAUUAGAUAAACCAAAUAACUAAAAAAUGUGUGUGUGUGCGUGCG